AAAACGGCAAUGAAAGGAGGCCCGAAGAGUACUUCUAAGUACAAGCAGUCGUCGUUGCUUGCAUUCUUCAACGCGAAGCCCACACAACAUAAAUCGAGCAAAGAGUCAGAUGCGAAGUCUCCUCCCAUCAUAACUCCACAAAAUUCCUCUCCAGUGCGGGGCGAAGAAGCCAAGGAAGUGAAAUCAGGAGCAGUGAUUGAUGACAAGGAGAACAAGGCCCCGCAGAACCUGGCACCAACUAUACCAGAAUCGCCAGAAUUAUUUGAGCCUAGAACUCCAAGUUCUGUAAAUCGCAACUCCGUGCCCAACGCUUCACAAUCGCCAUUAAUGAAGUCAAGACGCGCUAAGAAGAUAAGCUACAUCGAAGAUUCUGCUGAAGAAACUGAUUCUGAUAUUAGUGUUCCCAGAACCAAACGGAGAAAGAUGAUUGCUGACGAUGAUGAAGACGAUGAUUACAAACUCGAGAGCGACAACGCGUCUGCAGACGAUGACUAUUUUAUUCCUGAUACAGAAAAUAUUGCAGACGAACUAAACGGUGAUGAUUCCCCUGGGGAGAUGGACGAAGAGGGUAACAAUCAUGUUAGCAGCAAGCCCGCAAAAACUUCUCCAAAAAGUACUGAUGCAGGGACUAGUAUGUCGGCAUUCAAAUUUGAGUCUAAUUGCUCGUAUAUUGCGGCUGAUAAAAGUAAGAUAUCCACUAAAAGACAAGCCAGAAAGCAAACACCACAAUCCAAAUUUGCAAAAGAAAAUGAGGAAAGAUACCAGUGGCUUGUGCACAUCAAAGAUGCUGAUGGACGAAGCGAAUCCGAUCCAGACUAUGAUCCCAGGACCCUAUACAUUCCCAAGUCUGCUUGGGCUAAAUUUACUGCAUUUGAGAAGCAAUACUGGGAGAUCAAAAGUAAGAUGUGGGACUCCAUAGUGUUCUUUAAAAAGGGCAAAUUCUUCGAGCUGUACGAAAAAGAUGCAGACAUCGGCCAUCAGAAAUUUGAUCUUAAGCUGGCCGGCACGGGACGGGCGAACAUGAGAUUAGCUGGAAUUCCGGAGAUGUCUUUUGAUUACUGGGCUAAGAAGUUUAUUGACGAAGGAUAUAAAGUUGCAAAGGUUGACCAAAAGGAAUCUCUGCUUGCUAAAGAGAUCAGAGAGAAAAAUGCGAAUACAAAGGAUGACAAAGUCAUCAAAAGAGAACUGUCUUGUGUUCUAACGUGUGGAACUUUGACAGAUGAGGGAAUGCUGUCUGAUGAAAUGUCAAGGUAUUGCUUAUCGUUGAAGGAAGUCACCAAUAAUGACAACAGCAAAACCUUUGGUGUGUGUUUUGUUGAUACCGCCACUGGAAAAAUCCAACUCACACAGUUCGACGAUGAUGUGGACUGUAAUAAAUUAGAGACACUUCUUGCCCAGGUUCAGCCAAUGGAGGUGCUGAUUGAGAAAUCGAGAGUUUCGCAAUUGGUGCUGAGAAUGCUUAAAUUCAACUCUCAACCACAUGCAACAUUUAAUUUUUUGAAGCCGGCAGACGAAUUUUGGACCUCUGAUAUCGCUUUUGAGCAGCUUACCAGAGGCAAAUAUUUUGAGGCCAAUGAUUUGGACGAUCUAUCCAAUUACCCAAAUAUCCUAGUGGAGUACUACGAAUCGAACAAAAAUGUUGGAUUUUCGGCAUUUGGAGCUCUCCUAUGGUAUCUCAAAUCACUCAAGCUAGAUACUGCGUUGAUCUCUAUGGGUAACAUAGAGCAAUAUGACCCAUAUAAGACCAGCUUCUCCGAUAGCUGUAUGAGACUGGACGGUGUGACACUUCAGAAUCUUGAGAUUUUUAGUAAUUCCUUUGACCAGAGUGACAAAGGCACUUUGUUCAAAUUACUAAAUCGUGCAGUGUCUCCAUUUGGAAAGCGGACUUUUAAAAGCUGGGUGACGCAUCCUUUGAUGUCCAGAAAAACCAUUGAAUCAAGGUUGGAUUCUGUGGAAAUCUUGAUGAGAGAUGGAGACCUCAAACAUCUUCUUGAAUCUAAACUGGGCAAGCUUCCUGAUCUGGAAAGACUGCUUGCUAGGAUCCAUUCCGGAAAUUUGAAGGUUAAGGAUUUUGCCCGUUGCGUGACUGGUUUCGAAUGCAUCGUGAGUUUGGUCAAGAUACUGAAGUCCACUUAUUCAGAAGGAACUCAAAGAUUAGGAGGAGAACUGGGCAAAAUUUUGGAUUCUUUUCCACAUGAAUUGCCAGAGUGUGUUUCAAAUUGGUCAAAUGCAUUUGAUAGGGUACUUGCCGUCAAUGAUGGCAUCUUAGUUCCAGAACCUGGGGUGGAGCCCGAGUUUGACGAAAGCAACCUAAAGAUCAAAGAGCUAGAGAAAGAGCUAGAGAGGAUUUUGAGUCGGUACAGACGUGAGUUCAAGUGCCAGGAGAUGUGCUACAAAGAUAGCGGAAAAGAGAUAUAUCUGAUUGAAGUCCCAUCCAAAGCCAUCUCACGUAUUCCUAAGGAUUGGCAGCAGAUGGCAGCAACUUCCAAAUGUAAGAGAUACUGGUCUGCGGAAGUCAAAAAGCUGGUGAGAAAGUUGAUGGAAGCCAGAGAAUUGCACAAAAUUAUAGGCGAGUCUUUGCAAGCUAGGAUGUACGGCAGGUUCAUGAACGACUACCCUAUUUGGUCGUCUGCCAUCAAGGCUGUGGCACAACUGGAUUGUAUCUUGUCUCUGGCGCGUGCUUCAGAAUCGCUUGGGACCCCCUCCUGUAGACCAGAAUUUAUUGACAGCGCGUCGGCACAGAUCGAGUUUCAGGAACUAAGACAUCCAUGCUUUAUUCCAGGUGGCAUUACCGGAACCAAGGACUUUAUUCCAAAUGACAUUUCCUUGGGGAUCGACCAGAAAGACCAUAUUGGUCUGCUUACAGGUGCUAAUGCCGCCGGAAAGUCUACAGUCCUGAGAAUGACAUGUGUGGCUACCAUUAUGGCUCAAAUUGGAUGCUUUGUCCCUGCGAAGUCUGCCAAAAUGACACCAGUCGAUACGAUAAUGACACGGCUCGGCGCCAACGACAAUAUCAUGCAAGGAAAGUCGACUUUCUACGUGGAACUAUCAGAAACCAAAAAGAUUUUAGAAUCAUGUACUCCGCGUUCACUAAUCAUUCUUGAUGAAUUGGGACGAGGAGGAUCAUCGAGUGACGGAUUUGCCAUUGCAGAGGCAGUCUUGCACCACAUCGCCACGCAUGUCCAGUCCAUAGGCUUUUUCGCGACCCAUUAUGCCACUCUGGGAAACUCGUUCAUCAAUCACCCGCGUGUAAAACCCCUUCGGAUGGGAAUAAUAGUUGAUGAAAACUCGAGAAACAUCACCUUCCUUUAUAAAUUAGAGUCGGGACGCUCCAGCGGGUCUUUUGGUAUGCACGUUGCAGCAAUGUGUGGCGUUCCAAGAAGUAUUGUUGAUAAUGCAGAGCAGGCAGCUGAAAAAUGGGAGCAUACUUCCAAGCUCAAGAAACGCAAUUUGGACGCAGACUUGGUUCCUCUAGGCUUCCAGAGCGACGUGAGCUGGAUUUUGAAUUCAAAAUCAGUGCGCGAUGAUACGAUUGCCACCUACACGGACCAGAUGAAGCUUACCGCCCUGUCUAGUAUGUUCCACAUGAUCGAGAGCUUAUAGAUUACGUAAACAUCAAAGUAAGGUAAAU